CAUCCAUCAUUUUUGUUUUGAAUCAAUCAGCUGUCUUCGAGGUCAAAGAAAGAAAAAAAAAAUCGUAAAAAAUAGUAAAAUCCACACUGAAAAAUUCAAAGGAGAAAAAAAAUCAUAACUCCUUUGCAUUCAUUAAAAAUCUAAUCAAAAACCGAGAACACAAAAAAAAAACCCAAUCAUGUCUAAAGUAGCCAACUACAUGGGCAUGAGCAUAGUCGAGCCACAAGCUCGAAUAAAACAUUUGGCCAACUAUGGUAACAUGAUCGAAGUUGAUCCAAAUAUGCCUGUACAACGUUAUUUUCGUUCAGGGACAGAAAUCCUUCGAAUGGCCAAUGUCUAUCUUACCGAAGGCAAUCACGAAAAUGCUUAUAUACUUUAUAUUAAAUUCAUGACCUUGUUCAUUGAGAAAAUCCGCACUCAUCCGGAUUAUAAUAGUGUGCCUGCUGCUGUCAAGCAACCAAUUCGGGUGAAACUUAAAGAAAUCAUUCCCGUCACUGAAAAACUCAAAGACAAGUUACUUGUUCGUUAUCAAAAAGAAUAUGAACAAUUUCUGGCCAAUAAGGAGGCCGAGAAGGCCCGCGAAUUGGAAAGAGAAAAACAACGUUUGCAACAGGAGCAAAAAGACAAAUCGAAUAGAGGAGGCAGCAUGCCGAUGGGUUUGCAAGUGCAAAUAAACAGUAAAGUGCAACCGAGUGCACCUGAUUUGAGUUUAUUGGAUCAAGUGGUGUAUCCUAAUGAUUUUCCAAGCGGAACUGGUGGCAGAUCGAAUCUCCCUUCAUCGGGAUUACUCUUACCAGAUUCUGAUAAGAAACCAGUCAAACCAAUUUUCGAUAGAAGCCAAAAGCCAUCUAAUGAAUCUUCAGAAUCACUUUUGGCUUCAGGCUCUUUACGGACAGUUGUCAUUCCGCAUAAUACAAUGUCACUGUUUUUGAGCUUAGCAAGUAAAAACACUGCGAAUAAUGUAGAGACAUGUGGAAUUCUAGCUGGACGGCUGGCUCAUAAUCGUUUGCUUAUUACUCAUGUUAUUAUACCGAAACAACAAGGAACAGCAGAUAGUUGUAAUACAAUGAAGGAAGAGGAAAUCUUCGAUGUACAAGAUCAACAAAAUCUCAUUACUUUAGGUUGGAUUCAUACUCAUCCAAGUCAGACGGCUUUUCUCUCUUCGGUAGAUCUUCACACUCAUUGCUCCUACCAAAUGAUGAUGCCAGAAGCUAUAGCUAUUGUAUGUGCUCCUAAAUAUCAAGCAUCUGGUUUCUUUUGCCUGACCCCAAAUUAUGGCUUGGAUUAUAUUGCCCAAUGCCGUCAAGCUGGGUUUCACCCCCAUCCAAAUGAUCCUCCACUAUUUAUGGAUGCAACUCAUAUCCACGUAGAUGAACAUUUAAGCGUAGAAUUUGUUGACCUUCGAAGAUAGUCUGGUCACACUCUUCAAGAUCUCUUUUAAAUUUAUACCAAAAACAAAAAAAAAAAAACAA